AAAAGUGAAAAUGUGUUGUUAACAUCUCUAUAACGUGUUAUUAUUCUUAUAAUUAAUGUAACGUAUUAUGUGAAUGAUGUGAUAUAUGUUGAUUGUUAUGCAAGCUGAAGACGAAUUUCUAGUUUUGUUCAACAAACGUGGACAAUAAAAUUGUUUAGAUUUUUUAACAUAAGUCAUACAAAAAUACAGUAGUUUCUUGGUGAAAUAAACGCCCUGACUUGCAAAAAGCACAAUCAGGAAAUUAUUAAGGGGUUACAGUUCAAAUCAAACCAAAAUAGGCUAUUGAAAAUCUUUUUAAUUUUAAAUUUUUUUUUUUUAGAUCUUUCUUUACAAUUUUAACUAAAGUGCCAGACUGCUGGGGUUUGACAAUAAAACGUUUAAAGGUGAGUUUGGAGACAGUCCGGUGAAUUUUGUCCUCAAUGAUAACUACAAUAGGUAUAUUGUGACGUCAUCGCUACGUAUCGCUGUACGUAAAUUGACUCCGCCCCCUCCCCUCCAGCCUCUUCCGUGUUUGUGCCGCUGCACCGUCAGCUGUUUCAGAGUCAGCUCCUCUGUUACUAACACCAAGUUACCGACACAGAACUAAUCUUGAACUCGUGUUUUAGAGCUGAUCCCAGUUCAGUGGUUUUGGUGUCCGCGAUCCCCUUGUGACAGUCAGCUGAUCUCGACCAGGAUCUGCAAAAGCUGUGAGUGCAGCUGUCUGACAGCCACAAGUUCAUAGUCGUUUUAAUCAGGGAGAGAUGGCCACAAAUCCGCCCAAGUUAAAAACUGCGAUCAGUGCCAAUGAGAGGCUGCAAAACUUAAAAAAUACAUUUGAAACAAAGUAUGGAAAAUCUCCUCUUUUCUACGCAUGUGCACCAGGCAGGGUUAAUCUCAUAGGAGAGCACAUCGAUUACUGUGGCUAUUCUGUGCUCCCAAUGGCUAUUGAACAGAAUAUCCUUGCAGCCGUCUCAGUGAACAAUUCAGGGACAAUCCAACUUGCCAACACAAAUCCUCAAUACAACGAUUUCACUGUGUCGUGUUCAGGUGACAUUGCCAUAGACAGAGACAAUCCAAAGUGGUAUUAUUAUUUUCUCUGUGGAGUUAAAGGUAUUCAGGAGAAGUUUGGGAUUGCUCCUUUAUCAGGGAUGUCGUGUGUCGUCGAUGGGACCAUUCCUCCCAGCUCUGGCCUGUCCAGUUCUAGUGCCUUAGUUUGUUGUGCCGGGCUCGUUACAAUGGAGGCAAAUCAGAAGUCCCUCUCCAAGGUGGCGCUGGCUGAGAUAUGUGCCAAAUGUGAGCGCUACAUUGGCACAGAGGGAGGGGGCAUGGACCAGUCCAUCUCAUUCCUGGCAGAAAGAGGAACUGCAAAGCUGAUAGAGUUUCAGCCUCUGCGGGCCACUGAUGUCAAACUCCCAGAUGGAGCCGUGUUUGUGAUUUCCAACUGCUGCGAGGAGAUGAACAAAGCUGCCUCUUCUCACUUCAACAUCCGUGUGGUGGAGUGUCGGAUCGCCACAAAGAUGCUGGCCCAGGCGCGGGGUCUGGACUCGGGCAGGUUGUUGAAGCUGGCGCAGGUUCAGACGGAGCUGAAGGUGUCUCUGGAGGAGAUGCUGGAUCUGGUGGACGAGGUGCUGCACCCUGAGCCGUACAGCCGAGAGGAGAUCUGCAAGGCUCUGGGCAUCACCUCUGAGCUGUUUUCCACUGAGCUGCUGAGCGCUAACACUCAGCAUGUGACGCACUUCAAGCUGUACCAGCGAGCCAAGCACGUGUACGGUGAAGCUGCGCGGGUGCUGCGGUUCAAGAGCGUAUGUGACUCUGAACCCACUGAAUCCGUACAGCUACUAGGAGACCUGAUGAACCAGAGCCAUGCAAGCUGCAGAGACCUGUACGAGUGCAGCUGCCCCGAACUGGACCAACUGGUGGACAUCUGUCUGAAGUCGGGGGCAGUGGGCUCUCGGCUGACAGGAGCAGGUUGGGGCGGCUGUGCUGUCUCCAUGGUUCCCAGUGAGAAAGUGGAGUCUUUCUUACAAGCAGUGAGAGAAGCUUUCUACCUCCCCGAUUCACGCAGAGCAGCGAUGGAAAAACAAAGUUUGUUCGUAUCAAAGCCGGGUGGAGGAGCUGCAGUUUUCCUCGAGGAGUGAAACAUAUCAUCCAUGUCUGUUUACACAGCUGCAGGGAAAUAAAUUACUUUUUUCUUUUUUACACUUUAUGGGCUUUUACAAAUUACAAUGUAAAACAAAUGGUAAAACUUACUUCUGUGUUUCAUUUUACCUCUUAAUUCAAGAUUAUUCUUGAAGGGCCAAAAAUUGACAUCAGGGGUGUGUUAUUUCUUACAAAGGGAACUUGAUUUUUGUGUUUAAAAUAUGCUUUUCAAAAUAAAUCAUGAAUGUUUUUGUAAUAAAAUGAUUUUGUACAGCUAACUCAGUGAUACUGUUCAUUAUAGAUUAUGUUCUUGUAAACAACAAAAGAUGACAAAUAACAAUCACGUUUAAUUUGUACUGUAUAAAAUCCAUCCAUCCAUCUGUUAUUAACAUUUCCGAUAUCAACAUCAUGUAAUUAACAAGGGCAAAAACAACAGGAAGAAUUAAAUAUGCUGAAUAUUUUCAGGCUUUA